CGGGUGUGACCGCCGCUUUGGUCCGGCGGAGCGCUGGAGACACUGGGUUCUUCCUUCUUGUAUCUGACUGUCCAAACGGUUGUGUCUUCCCUGUUCCCAGCCGGAGGGACAUGAGUGUCCCUGGGCCGCCGUCCCCGGAUGGGGUCCUCACAAGGCCACCCAAUAGUCUGGAGGCCGGGGAGCCGACGCCGGGUUUAAGUGACACUUCUCCAGAUGAAGGGUUAAUAGAUGACUUGCCUGUAGAAGACAAAGCUGUGGAGCAACUGGCAGAAGGAUUGCUUUCUCAUUAUUUGCCAGAUCUGCAGAGAUCAAAACAAGCCCUCCAGGAACUCACACAGAACCAAGUUGUAUUAUUAGAUACGUUGGAACAAGAGAUUUCAAAAUUUAAAGAAUGUCAUUCUAUGUUGGAUAUUAAUGCUUUGUUCACUGAGGCUAAACACUAUCAUGCCAAAUUGGUGAAUAUAAGAAAAGAGAUGCUGAUGCUUCAUGAAAAGACAUCAAAAUUAAAAAAAAGAGCACUUAAACUGCAGCAGAAGAGGCAAAAAGAAGAGUUGGAAAGGGAGCAGCAACGAGAGAAGGAAUUUGAAAGAGAAAAGCAGUUAACUGCCAGACCAGCUAAAAGGACAUGAAAAGUUGUGUUUGUGUGUUUUCUUUCCCUAUCCUGUAUUUGGAUUAAGAUGACCUAAGUGUAGACUGAAGUUGAGGGUAGUGCCUUAUACCAUGAUUGCUGAGUCUCCAUGUAUUCAUUUCAGCCAUUCAAAAGCCUUUCUUUCUAAGUAACUUACAUAAUGUUACUUGGUUUUGAUAUUUUUAUGUAAUUUUUUCAACCUUUGUUUAAUUUUAAAAUUCAUUAUUUUGGCUUUGAAUCAUUUAUAAACUGGAAAAUGAUUUGUUACGAGUCUAGAUUCUAGUGGUUAAAAAUUAGUAUAAAUUUUUUAGCUUCUUAAUGAAUGUAGAUUUCAAAGUUUCCAUUUCGUAUUUUUUGAAAUGACUUGCCUUUCUGGCAAUACAAUGCUGAUUUUUGGUAAUUGCCUUCUCAUUGCUUAGUAAAGAAGAAAUAACAACUAUUUAAUCACAUAUGCCCCUGCAAAAGAUGUAGUGUAAGCCUUUGUGAAGAACAUAGUGGAAAAGUGCAUGCACGAGAUAUAACAGCACUUUAGACAUAAUUUAGGUAAGUAAGAUGCCAGAUAGAUUCUACUAACACUGUACUCUCUUUGCUUCUUGGUGGUGGUGUUCUGUAGCUUUUGGGUUCAAAGUAGGUUACAUCUGUUCCUAAAGUUUGAUGGGGGUGGUGGAACUAUCACAUACUCAAACGAGCUAAUAUAUUUAUAAUACUUAGUCAUCACACACUGAGAGACAGCUUCUGUGCUUUUAAAAAAUUCAUAAAGUAGAAUGCUAUGUACCAACUACCCACCUUAUAGAUAAAUGAUAGGAAUGGUGGAAAAUUAGUAAAUAGCUUCACAAAAGAGGCAGCAUAAUAUCUUUAGUGUUUUCUAGAAUUUUUUUCCUGAUAUUUUAUGUAGGAACUUAUUAUGUGAGGAAAAUAUUAUGAAGUUUUAAAUUGAGAACAUAUUAUACACUGUUUUAGUAUUAUUUAAUAUCUAAUUGGUCUCCUACUACAUAGGGACUGUACAGAGCCUGUGAAAGUGUACAAUUUGAAUGUGUAUCUUUUAUAACUCAUAUUACAUUUUUGGUAAGCUGGAAUCACUACCUCUGAUCACAUAUCAGGCUAAUGAUGGAGAAAGCAUUAGAUUUGAGUGUUAAGAACUGGUCCAUUUAAAGAUUUAAAUAGUGUGUUAAAAGAGCCUUUUUCUUCUUUAAUGAAUGAAUUAUGACUUCACAAUUCACUUACUUUGACCUCGUAUUUAAGAAUUUAAAUAUAUUUUAUUUGAAAAGGCUAGGUGUUGCCUUCAAACACUUGGCAAAGCUGCUUAAGGCAGGAUAUAUUAGGGCUUGCAGGACAAUAUCACCUAAGUUGCUGAAUGUACUCAUUUAUAAUAUAUCUGACAAAGGCAGGGCAUUGUUUCUCAGAGUGGUUUUGGACCAACUGCAAUAGUUGUUUAAAAUGCUGGUUCCUGGAUACCACUCUCAAUUUACUAAAGCACAUCUGGAUUUUUUGUUUGUUUUUGUUUGUUUUGUUUUUAAAGUUUCCCCCAGUGAUUCUGAUUUACCUUAAAAGUUGAGAACCACAGGUCUUAGUGGUUUAGGUCAGGGUUUCCCUACACUAAACUGUAUAGUAUUAUCACCUGGAAACUUCAAAAGAAAUGCAGACAUUCUGGAUUCUUGGUUAUAAGUUAUGAUGUGGAGCCCAUGUAUUUUUUAAAGAGCUCCCCAGAUAUGAUGUAAGGACCCACUGGUAUAGACUAUCGAAAGAUUUAUAUUUAUAAGCAAUGAAAUAGUUUAAAAGCUACACAGUACCUCUUAGGCUUAACCUUAUGAAAUAAAUUCUGAACUGCUGCUUUUGAUAUAGUCAGAUUUAAGACUGAACCCUAGCAGGCAGGGAAGAGAUAUAGAAUUCUAGUCAGUUAAUUGAACUUUUGUGACCUGUAUUAAAAUAAAUCAUGUUUAUUGAAUGAAUGGCAAGGCACAUCUACUUUUAGAAUUGUAUUAUUUAAGUUUUGAAGACUUAAAAAUUUCAUCAAAUGAAUAUAUAUUAGCAUCCAUUAUUUUAAGGUCAGUUGUGAAUCCGAAGUAGUUAUCUUGGUAAUUAAAACCUAAAACUUUAGCUGUAUUUCAGUAACAUAGAAACAUAUCUUACUGACUAAACCUGAGUGGAAUCCUUACAAUUUAUCUUAUUGUAUUUUUGUAUAAAAUAGUGAAUAGGUAUUUAGGAAGUUUCUGGGUUUUGGCUAAAAAUAUUGCCUUUGUUUUGAAACUACAUCACAUGUAUAGUGCACUGAAAUGAUGGGAGUUCAUUUUAUAUUUAUUUUGCAGUAAGUGUCAUGUAAAUAUGCAGAUGUUGAAUGUAAUAUAUUGAUAGAUUGUGUCCAGAGUGAGUUUUUAGGUGGAUACAGUUUAUAAAUAUUCCACUCUACAUACCCUUAUACAUUUGUCUGAUUUUGAGCUUGUAAAAUGAGAACUACUUUUUCAUAUUUAAUAAAAAGGUCUCUGAA